CAUCGAACAGUGUAGUGUGGUACGGAACGUGUGUAGAGUUUGUAGAGUACGAGAUAUCGAUUCCCUUCUCAGAAGAAAAAUAUAUACUUAAAUCUCAAUACGAAUCGAUCGUGCGGCAUUUAACGGUACACAGUUCGACGGAUAACUCAAAAUCCCACAAAGGAUAUUUAACGCCAGCAACAUGAAGUUGAUGCGUACAGCGACAACGCUCGCUCUGGUGCUGCUGCUGGCCACCAGCUAUGCCCAGGCUGGCGAGGAGAAGAACGAGGCAGCUGAGAAGACAGCAGCUGAGCCGACGGAGUCAAAGGCCGAGGAGACGGCCGCUGCUGAUGAUACCGCAAAACCGAAACGUGGUCUGCACCACUACGAGGAUUAUCAUCACCAUCACGUGCCACAUUUCCCAGUACAUGAGGAGAAAACACUGACGGUCAUCAAGAAGGUGCCAGUGCCCGUGCCAAUCGAAAAGAUUGUCCAUGUACCCGUGGAAAAGCAUGUGCAUGUGCCCGUGAAAGUCAAGGUGCCUAAGCCAUAUCCCGUGAUCAAGCAUGUACCCUAUGAGGUUAAGGAGAUUGUCAAGGUGCCCUAUGAAGUGCCAGCGCCAUAUCCCGUCGAAAAGAAGAUACCCUAUGCCGUACAUGUGCCCUAUGAUCGCCCCGUGCCCGUCAAGGUAAAUGUGCCCGCACCCUAUCCGGUUGAGAAGAAGGUCCACUACCCAGUCAAAGUACAUGUGCCAGCACCCUAUCCAGUCGAGAAAAUCGUUCACUACAAUGUAGAGAAGAAGGUGCAUGUCGACAAGCCCUAUCCCGUCGAGAAGAUUGUCCACUACCCAGUCAAGGUGCCCGUCGAUAAGCCAGUGCCCCACUAUGUGGACAAGCCAGUGCCCCACUAUGUGGACAAACCAGUGCCAGUGCCCGUCAUCAAGAAGGUGCCUGUGCCCGUGCAUGUGCCCUAUGAUCGUCCCGUGCCCGUGCAUGUCGAGAAACCAGUGCCCUAUGAGGUGAAAGUACAUGUGCCACAGCCCUAUCCAGUGAUCAAGGAAGUGCCCUAUAAGGUUGAGAAACACGUUCCGUACCCCGUCAAGAUUCCGGUGGAGAAGCCCGUGCAUGUGCACAUUGAGAAGCAUGUGCCAGAGGUUCAUGAGAAGCACAUCCACUACAAGGAGCCAGAGUUUGUGCACAAGCACAUCGAGGAGGACCAUCAUUAUCAUCAUCAGGAACAACAUCAUGAACCCAUCCAUCAUCAUUCAUCGUAUUCGGCACCCAUUGAGGAGCAUCAUGAGCAUGAGCAUGAGGUGGAGCAUGAUUUUAAUGACUAUCAUGAUUAUCAUUCAUAUCACGGUUACUAAAAUUGGUGAAAUGAACUUUUUCUCUCUCUCUCUCUUUCUCUCUCACUCUUUCUUUGCAGCAUUGAAAAAUCGGUUAUGAACGGCAACGGUUAUGAAUGGAUAUAUAGCUAAACUGAAACAAAAAAAACAAACAAAGUAAAACUAAUUUUAACAUCACAAAAACCAUAGAAAACUUUUAAAAACCCUCCAAAUAUUCUCCAUAUCAUACCCAAAUGCCCAACAUUCCAAUUACACUUUGCUAUAUAGAACGUGAUAACGAUAGAGAUUCUGAUAACAAUUUUAUAAUGUGACCAAAACGUGACACGAAACGAACUUACUUAGUUUUUACGACGAACUCUCUUUUAGCUUAAGCCAUACAUAAAAAGAAAAUCAAUGAACAAAAAAAAAAAAAACAGAAAACAAA